AUGUCGCCAGAGGUAGCAGCCCUCGCGGCCAAGCUCGAGGCCGCGUUCAGCGGCGGCUCCCCGGCGGCGCUGGUGGACGUUGGCGCGGUGCUGGCCCUGGUGGAGGGGGUCUUCCCUGACGCGGUGGCCAAGGUCAAGGCCGGGCACCGCAGCGACGCCGCCGUCGCGGCCGCGCGGGCGUCGAUCAGCACAGCCACGCGCGCCGCCUGCCAGCGCCUCACGCGCGCCGCGCUCGACGCGGGCGCCGCGCCGCUGCGGUGGGCGCCCGGCGGGGCGGCGGCCCCGGUCCUGCCGGCGUUCCUGGACCGCGUCUACGACCUCAGCCAGGGGGUGGGCAGGCGCUGA